AUGUUCUCCUCAGUUGGUUCAUUGUCUAAAGUACGCAUCAUGAGCAACAAGACAAACAAGGACAAGGCGAUGGGUUAUGCUUUUGUGUCAUUCACAGACAAGACAUGUUGUCAGAGAGCAGUGGAUAAGUUUGCCAAUAACAACACUCGUUUGAAGGGUAGCGCAAUCAGAGUCAGAUUGUCAGAGAGUAGAAAGAAACUAUUCAUUGGUAAUCUACCAAAGGAUAUGAGUAAAUCUGAUCUAGAAGACCUCAUAUACAAACAUUGUACAGGUGUAAAGCAUAUUGACUUGUUAUUAGACCCAGACAACUCAUCUAGGAAUAGAGGAUAUAUGUUUGUAGAGUUUGUAGACCAUUACAAGGCGGAUAAAGCAAGAAGAGAGUUGGGGUCACCAUCUUUCAAGGUCAACAAUUGCUCAAUAACAGUUAAUUGGGCUGAUUAUGUACAGGAAGCUGACAAUGAGACAAUGAAACAGGUGAGAGCUCUAUACAUUCGCAAUCUAUCAGAGGGUCGCCAAGUAGAAGAGCUGAGAUCACUGUUUGAACAAUAUGGAGAUAUUGAGAAGGUGACCAUCCCAGCAAACAUUCCCGGUAUGAAGCGAAGAGACUUUGGCUUUGUGCACUUUGAACGACGAGACGAUGCAGAGCAGGCGUUGGCCGCCCACCGGUCCCUCGCCAAUCUCCUAUCAAGGACGCGAGUUGAUCAUAUCAUUUGCCAAACCUGUGGACAAGAAACAACGUGUGGAGAUACUGACCAAGAAGAUGCAAAGAACUAUCAAGAGGUCCCAUCUUGA